UCCAGCCGGUGUCACCCAGUGCACCUCGCGAUCGCCUCAGACGCGCAGACAUGGCACGAUCGAGACUUGCGCUGCCCCUUCUCGUCUUCGGCCUCGUCCUGUUGGUGGCCUGCUGUGCGAACGCCGGCAGCAGCUCCUCCGACUCUUCGGACUCUUCAGAGUCUUCUGACUCCUCAGAGUCGCGUGAGCACCGUUCCAGGAAGCACAGUCACAGCCACGUCAAUGUCGAGCACGGACACGGCUACAGCCAAGCGGACGUCAACGCCCUGCUGAGGUCUAUCGUGUUCAAGAAACCUGCAGUCGUUACGUACGACGUGAACUGCAAUGAGAGAAACGGUGGUUGCAACGAGAUCUCCAACGACUUCAGGCGUUAGCUCCGUAGUGCAAACAUUCACAGUCUCAGAGCUGGAACUUGAUUCUAAUUUUGUCCUUUAUGUUUUAACUGUUAUCCUCUUGUAUAAAUAAACUGACUUAUAGUAUUCUGUUA